AGGAAGACUAGGGAGCAAUCAAGCAGAGGGCGGGGAGUAGAGGUCAGCACGGGAAGUCCUCUCCCUCCCUGCCCACCUCGUGCUGGCUGCUCCCUGGACCUGAGGCCAACCCCAGGAGAGCUCGGCGGCGCAAGAAGGCAGCCGGAUGGAGCUCCCUCGGUCCGGCGGGAUGCGGGCUCCAAACGGUAUGGUCUUCUUGUUGUUGCUCCUGCUCUUGGCCGUCUCUUCGGGACUGCUGUUCGUCUCCUACUAUUCAGGCAAGCAUCUGACCUAUGGCUUCCAGCAAGGAACCAGGAAGACAGUGUCAUCUGUAUCUGAUUCUAUCAAAUCUGAAGUACCUAAUGCUUCCACUAGAAAGCCCUGUAAUCACCAGAUGUUCAAUGCCAUUCAACAACACCAUCUUUUCAAGCAAAAGUUUGACUUAAAUAUUCCGGUACUUUUGCACAACGGACUCUUCACCCAGAAGCUCUGGGACCAACUAAAUCAACAGAAGUCUCCCUAUGGCUGGCAGGGAAUUCCCUACCAAGCUAUAGUUUCCACCGUGAGCCUCCUGAAUACCUCAGCCAAUGCUCAGAUGUUUGAUCUCUCCACAAACCACACGGGUUGCAUUCGAUGUGCUGUUGUGGGCAAUGGUGGCAUCCUCAACGGGUCCCGCCAAGGUCUGGAGAUUGAUUCCCAUGACUUUGUCUUCAGGAUCAAUGGCGCUGUGAUUAAAGGCUAUGAGAAGGAUGUGGGCACCAAGACUUCAUUCUAUGGCUUCACUGUGAACACAAUGAAAAACUCCCUGAAAGCUUAUAAGCAUCUAGGCUUCACGUCAGUGCCCAAAAACCAAGAUCUGCACUAUAUUUUCAUUCCUUCAAAUAACCGGGACUACCUGAUGCUAAAGUCAGCCAUCUUGGGUGAGCCUGUCCCUGAAGGCCAUGACAAAGGAGAUAAGCCACAGACUUAUUUUGGACCAGAUGCCUCUGCGAGUAAAUUCAAGCUGUUACAUCCAGAAUUCAUCAACUACCUGAAAGAGAGGUUUUUGAAAUCACAGCUCAUCUAUAAAAAUCAUGGGUAUUUGUAUAUGCCCAGUACUGGGGCCCUCAUGUUGCUGACAGCCUUGCAUACCUGUGACCAGGUCAGUGCCUAUGGAUUCAUGACAAGCAAUUACUGGCAAUAUUCCGACCACUAUUAUGAACUCAAGAAGCGUCCUGUGGUUUUUUACAUCAAUCAUGAUCUGCGCCUAGAAAAGGAUCUGUGGAAGAGUUUGCACAACGCAGGCAUUAUGUACCUCUAUCAGCGCUGAAUCCAAAGCCAAGCCAAGCAGUAAUCUAACAGCCGAGCUCAGCAUUUCCUUACAAAGUCACUACUAUGUCUGAGACAGAAGCCCUGUCCUUGGUUAAGAAUUAACAGAUGGUUUGCAGAGGGCAUUAUCUUGAAACUGAAAAUGCCCUAUCCUAAAAUGGAGAUGAAAAAUACGUAACACGCAGCCAGAUUUAGGGGCAGCCAUGCUUGUUGCUGAUUUUCCUGCAUUUUAAAGCGGGUAGCAGGCACUGUACUCAUUUGGAAACGACAAAACGACACAUCAAUCACACCCUCUUUACCCCACAAUACUCUAAUAACAGUAUGAAAACCAAAAAAAUUUCUUAAACACAAAACUUCAAACUCUGCCCAGAGACAAUGGAAAAGAAAUAUUAAAGAACUCAACAAGAAUCAUUCAGUAAGAUAACAGCAGGUCUCUGAGAAUAACAAGAUCAAUUCCUGCAAGAUAAAUUUCUGCCCAAUAGGGAGGGGAGG